AUGUUCCGCUCGGCUGCUCUCGUCACCUUCGUGCUCAUCGCGACCGCUGCUGCUCAGCAGGCUGGCACUCUCACCGCGGAGAACCAUCCUGCUCUCACAUACUAUACCUGCACGACUGCAGGCGGCUGUACAUCCGUUGCUGGUAGCAUCGUUCUCGACUCGAAUUGGCGCUGGCUCCACGAUGUCAACUCGGCCACCAACUGCUACACUGGAAACCAGUGGGACGCCGCCCUCUGCCCAGACCCGGCCACCUGCACCAAGAACUGUGCGCUCGACGGAGCGGAUUACAGUGGAACCUAUGGUAUCACCACGAGUGGCGAUGAGCUCAAGCUAGCGUUCAAGACUGGUAGCAACGUCGGAUCCCGUGUUUACCUGCUGAAGGAUGAUUCCACCUACGAGACGUUCAACCUACUUAACAAGGAGUUCACCAUGGACGUUGACGUCUCUCAGCUCCCUUGCGGUCUCAAUGGCGCUGUUUACUUCUCCGCCAUGGCUGCUGAUGGUGACUCGUCCUCCACCAACACGGCCGGCGCCAAGUACGGAACCGGCUACUGCGAUUCGCAGUGCCCUCACGACUUGAAGUUCAUCGAUGGAACCGCCAACAUCGUCGACUGGAACGCCACCUCGGCCAACUCGGGCACUGGAUCCAUCGGCGCCUGCUGCUCUGAGAUGGACAUCUGGGAGGCCAACUCCAUUUCCGAGGCCGUCACUCCUCACCCUUGCACUGGCACUGGCCUCACCGCUUGCACGGGAACUGAAUGCACGACUACCUGUGACCAGGCCGGCUGCGACUUCAAUUCGUACCGUAUGUGGCCGAUCACGACCGUCACCCAGUUUAUCACUGACGACGGCACCGAUUCUGGCACGCUCACCGAGAUUCGCCGCAUCUACGUGCAGAACGGCGUGGUGAUCCAAAAUUCGCAGUCCACCAUCCCCGACGUCACCGGAAACUCCAUCACCGACUCCUGGUGCGCCGCGCAGAAGACCGCGUUCGGCGAUACGAACAGCUUCGCUCAGCUCGGCGGCCUGGAGCAGCUUGGCAAUGCCUUCAAGGCGGGCAUGGUCCUCGUGCUCUCCAUCUGGGACGACUACGCCGUGAACAUGCUCUGGCUCGACUCCGACUAUCCCCUCACCAAGGACCCCUCUUCGCCUGGUGUGGCCCGUGGUACAUGCUCCACCUCGUCCGGAAAGCCCGCAGACGUCGAGUCCUCCGCGGCCAGCGCCUACGUCACCUACUCCAACAUCCGCAUUGGCGAACUCAACUCUACCUACGGCAGCACGGGCUCUAGCACCGGUUCAUCAGGUUCAUCGGGCUCCUCUGGCUCCUCCUCGCCGACUACCACUUCGUCUGCGACUGGCUCCACAGGUUCCAGUGGCACCAGCACCGGAACAGUAGCUAAGUAUGGCCAAUGUGGCGGCAUUGGCUACACUGGUCCGACCACCUGCGCUUCGGGAUCGACAUGCACUGUGCUCAACGAUUACUACUCCCAGUGCCUCUAA